AUGCCGGCCCCCGCCACGGGGGGUGGUCCAAGUGCUGCUGAGUGCAUCUUCUUCAUGCUCGAUGCACCAGCAGCAGCAGCAUCAUCAGCGCCAGCCGGAGAAUCGAAUCGAGCGCCCGGGAAGUUAAUUAUGUCGUCUGGAUGUGUCGACAGGGUCCCCGCUGGUGCCGCGGAUGAGGUUGCGAGGAUUUGGCUGGUACGAGCCGGCGUUCACAGCUUGACAGCACAACGGCCAAAAUUAA